AUCGGUGCAUACAAAGAGGGUUGAGGCUUGUCAUUUCCGUCACUCCCUCUUAUCUAUCUUUUGGCCCCUCAUUUCCACCAACCACUCCCCACUCUCUCUCUCUAUUGCCGUUAACUCUCAAAACGGCAAAUAUGGCAGCUACAUUUGCUACAGUCUCGAAUUUAGGCUCACUCUCAGUUCCGCGAGUUGCGAACCCUACAUAUGCUGUUUCUCCAAAGUUGGUGAAAUCUUCAUUAUCAUCAUCAAGCUUAUAUUCUGGCUCGUUGCGUCUGGCUACUCCAUCGAACAGUUUGGUUCGCAGGAAAACUGGUGGUUUAUCUGGCUCCAUUCAAGCCUCUGUGCAGGUGGCCGAAUUGCAAUCCAAAGUGACACACAAAGUUUACUUUGAUAUUAGCAUUGGGAAUCCUGUUGGAAAGCUUGCUGGGCGAAUUGUAAUUGGAUUAUAUGGUGAUGAUGUGCCGCAGACAGCAGAAAAUUUCCGUGCCCUCUGCACAGGUGAAAAGGGCUUUGGCUUCAAGGAUUCUGCAUUUCAUCGUGUUAUUAAAGAUUUCAUGAUUCAAGGGGGUGAUUUCGAUAAGGGAAAUGGAACCGGUGGUAAAAGCAUAUAUGGUCGUACCUUUAAGGAUGAAAACUUCAACUUGGUUCAUACUGGACCUGGAAUUGUUAGCAUGGCUAAUGCAGGCCCUAAUACCAAUGGAAGCCAAUUCUUCAUUUGCACUGUAAAGACCCCAUGGCUGGAUCAGAAGCAUGUUGUGUUCGGGCAAGUUUUAGAAGGCAUGGACAUUGUGAAAUUGAUCGAGUCCCAGGAGACUGAUAGGGGUGACCGUCCAAGGAAGAGGGUUGUCAUCAGUGACUGCGGUGAGCUACCCGUAGCAUAAGGCGAGAAUACAAAUAUUAGCACUUUAUCUUUGCAUACAAUGCAUAUGUAAUGGCCCGUCGCGAGAUAUAUAGAGGAUUCUCAGUAGUGAGUUUUCAUCCAAACCCAAGGCUUUUUUCCUGUUCCUUUUUUGGGUCUCUGUAGGAUUUCGAAUUACAGGGUCAAAAAUUCUUGCUAGCAGUGAGUAUGCUGUUUUCGUGUAACCUGGCGGUAUGCGAUUUUAGUUGACAUUGAAUAUCAAUAGAAGGUAACAGACUAUUGUUGAUUCUUUAUGACCACUAA